GCAGCACCCACUCUUUUCCUUUCUUUGUAUCCUCAAGAAGACCGACCAGCUAUGUCAGACGCGCGGGCUCACGGAUGUCCUGUAAUGAAGCAUGUCGAUCACGACUCCCUCUAUACCAACCUUGAGGCACGUAUGGAUUACCUGCUUAGUUUCAUUGAAUUUGGGAAAGAGGAUAUAAAAGGGCUUAAGGACGUUGCGCCCAUUCUUGGCCCCUUGAUACCAACUAUCCUCGAUGCCGUGUACACGAAGCUCUUCCGAUACGAUGUGACAAAAGUCCUCCUGCUGCCCAGGAAAAUGGGCUACCAGCAAGAUGAGCUUGAGAGCGGUCUUGAUUCUUUCGGUCACGACUCCGAGCAAACUAAGAUUCGUAAAGAGUUCUUGAAAGGGUGGCUUGUGAAGCUGUUGACUGGAGAUUACAAUUCCAUGAGCCAAUGGGAUUACAUGGAUAAGGUGGGCAUAAUGCACACCGGAAAGGCUGGGUUCAAGCAUCGGGAGAAGAAAGCGCCGCUCCAUGUGGAGUACAUUCACAUGGCUGGGUUACUUGGUUGGCUGGAAACCAUGUUCACGACCACUUUACUUCGGAUCCCAGACGCGAAGGUAUCGCCCAAGGACAAGUUGCGGAUGAUUACAGCCCUCAACAAGAUUUUCUGGAUACAGAACGAUCUCUUUGCGCGGCAUUACAUCGGGCAGAGCGAUCUGUUCGCCCGGCAUUACAUGAUGUAGACCAACCUCUCUGCUCCGCACUACAUAUGCAACGGAUGGCGUCGCCAGGAGGAAUAUUCCCUAGCAAAUAUAAAAUGAUAUCGAUAUCGAGGGUUGUAAUCCAUGUACAAAUGGGUCGGGUGAUGAAGAC